AUGGCUUCUACCCGUGACAGCCAGGAUGGAGCCAUCCAGCCGCUACUCACGCAGCCAGAUGAGAGAAACCAUGCAACCAUUGCCCAAGAAGGUGCCACCGUGGAAGAUCACCGCCCCGGUGCAUUCAAGCGAAACCUUGGCGCCGUCGAAGCUUUCGGCAUCAUCAUCAGCAUCGUGAUCGGAAGUGGAAUCUUUACUUCACCCGGGUCAAUCGAUACCAAUGUUCCUUCGCCUGGAGUGGCCCUCGUGGUAUGGCUUGUGGGUGGGAUCUUAGCCUGGACCGGCGCCACGACUAUGGCCGAGCUGGGCACUGCCAUUCCUGGUGAAGGGGGCGUGCAGCCGUAUCUGCAGUAUAUCUUCGGUGAAAUCUGUGGCUUUCUGGCGGCCUGGACGUGGAUCAUUGCUGUCAUGCCGGCCACCUUGGCCAUUCUCAGCAUCGUGUUCGUCGAGAGCAUUUACUCGGCAGCUGGUGUGACUGAUCAGGCUGCAGCAAUGUCGCACAAGCUGCUGUCCAUUUUGAUUCUUGUUGUGGUCAGCGUUGCGAAUUCUAUCAGCACCAAGGUCAGCACGCGGCUCAAUGGGUUCUUCGUCAGCACCAAGUUCGUCACCAUCGCCGCGGUGGUGCUAGCGGGGCUUGGUGUUGUUAUCGCCCAUCUGGCCAAGUCCGACAGUGGCCAUGGAUCCCGAGACUGGUUCCAGAAUCCCUGGUUCGGCUAUCGCAACACGGUCACUCCGGAUGGAAAGCUGAUUGACUGGCAUGACGUCGCUGGGUGGGAGAUGCUGGGGUAUUACUCGACCGCCUUGUACGGUGCACUGUGGGCUUAUUCUGGCUGGGACAAGGCGAUCUACAUCAGCGCAGAACUUUCCGCCCCGGCGCGCCAGCUUCCCUUGGCUAUCAACUCCGCCGUGCCUAUCAUCAUUCUCUGCUUCAUUGCGGCCAAUGCGGCAUACUACAUUCUCCUACCAUGGAAUGUGGUCUCCACGACGGAUAGUGUGGCUGUUACGGCCAUAACGCAUCUUCUAGGCCCCGCAGCCGGUAUCAUCGCCGCGAUCUUGAUCUGUCUGGUAGUCGCCGGGUCUCUGCUGGGCAACUCCUUUGUUGCGGGCCGGAUGGUAGUUGCUGCUGCAAACAGGAACUGGCUGCCGCAACUCCUGGGAGUUAUCGGUCAGCUGGGACGGCCCUCCUCCGACCAGAACAACAGCCUCGGCUCCGAUGCACCCAUCAACGCCAUCGUCUUAUCGACCAUCUUGCCAAUCUUCUAUAUUCUCUUUGGCAACUUUCGAGCUCUGCUUACCUUCAAUGGUCUGGGAGAGUACUCGUUCUUUUUCCUGACGGUGGUUGGAGCGAUCAUGCUGCGCUUCCGCGAACCGGACCUCGAGCGGCCCUACAAGCCCUUUCUGGGGAUUCCAAUUGUCUUUGUCCUGGUGAGUGGGUUUGUGGUGACGCGUGGGGCGGUGUUUGCGCCGUUUCAGGCGGCUAUUCUGAUCGUGCUGUGGGUGAUUGGGGCGGGAUUCUAUGCUCUUCGUAAGCGGUGGCUGAAAGGGGGACAGAGGUAUGCUGCGGUGUCGACCGGGGAGGGCGAGGGGGAGGCGGAGUAG